GCGAGUUGCUAAGGGCCGGAGCUUCCGCGAGCGGUUGGGGGGAAGCGACGCUGGAGUCCCCGCCGUUGCCACAAGACAGAUGUCUCAUUUCUCUUGUGAAGAUGAAGCUCUGUUACAAUCUAUGCUCAGACAAUUACUGCAGAAUGUGAAGGAAAAAAUCACAGGAGCACCAUCAGUGGAAUGUGCCGAAGAGAUUCUUUUACAUUUGGAAGAAACGGAUGAAAAUUUUCACAACUAUGAAUUUGUGAAAUACCUUAGACAAUACAUAUGUAGCACUCUGGGCUCUGUGAUUGAAGAAGAAACAGAAAAAUGUACCUCUGCUCAAAAUCAGGGUGAAGGAUCUGGUUAUGACACUCUUGUCCAACAUGUUACAAAGAAGACUCGGGAAUCAAAAGAGUACAGAGAAAUGAUGCAUUCCUUGAAGAAUGUCAUGAUGGUGGUGGUGGAAUCUCUGAUUAACAAAUUUGAAGAAGAUCAGAUGCGUAAUAAGGAGAUGCAUAGGAAAACCAAGAAAGAGCAACAUAGUGCUUACUAUACGGACAACUGCUCUGAUAGUGACUCAUCUUUCAAUCAGAGUUAUACAUUCAUGAAUCAAGAACAAUUACAGCUACUUGUGGAAAGGCUUGACCCUGCUCAACCUAAAGAGGUGCGCCAGGAAGCAAUGCAGACAUUGUGUUCUGCGCCUCCCUCUGAUGUACUAAACUGUGAGAGUUGGUCUAAUUUGCGUAAACAUCUGACAAUGUCUCUCUCGGAUCCUGAUUCCACGUUCAGUGACAAAAUUUUGAGAUUCUAUGCAAAGACCUUUUCAUCUUCUCCACUAAAUAUGACAAGGGAAGUCUAUACAAGCUUAGCGAAACACUUAGAAUUGUACUUUCUUUCUGGAGAAAAUUGUGUUCCUACUAUUUCAGAUGGUAUAGACAUAACUAACCCAGAAAUAAUUCGUUUACUUAAAAAGGUGCGUCUUCUAAAUGAGUACCAAAGAGAGGUUCCCUCUUUCUGGAUUCGUCAUCCAGAAAAGUAUAUGGAAGAAAUAGUUGAGAGUACCUUAUUGCUGUUGUCAGUAAAACAUGAGCAAAGACACCUUGUCUCUCCAAAACUUUUGGAUCCAGUCUACUUCUUGGCUCUGCUUGAUAUCAAAGCUGUGUGGUUUAAAAAAUGGAUGCAUGCAAAUUAUAGCAGAACAGUGGUGCUAAGGCUCCUUGAAAAGAAAUAUAAAUCUCUGAUUAAUGCAUCUGUUCAACAGUGUGUUUACUACUUUGAAUCAUGUGAAUCAGCAGUUGAUGCAACUUCUAGAGUUAAUGUUUUGCCCCAGCAGUACAGCAGCAAUAACCAGAAGACUUUCUACUCAGGACAAGAAUUACAGUAUAUCUAUUUUGUUCAUUCACUGUGCCUUUUAGGAAGAUUGUUGAUAUAUAAACAAGGCAGAAACCUGUUUCCUGUACAGCUGGAAAAUAGAAAAGAUUUCAUAUCCCUAACCGACCUGUUGGUACUAUUUAUUCGAUUUAUUUAUUGCUCUCCCACUUGCCCAAAGACAACUCUGACAGUGCACACAGGCAAUUAUUCUCCAGCAAUCCUUGUUACAGAGGUGCUACAAACUCUGUGUGACCGAACUGAAUGUGCUACUGAAUGUUUAUAUUCUAAUAUGGUGAUAGAUGCACUUCUUCAUCCCAUUCAUAAUUUACUGAAUGGAACAGAGAUGUAUAUAAAUUGCCCUGAAACCUCUUUAAUACAUAUAGCUGAUAUUUUGGCAAGGAUUGCUGCUGUAGAAGAUGGCCUUUCUCUUAUCCUUUAUGGAGGAAACAUGAACUCUGCCAAAAAGGAUAGUCUUACAGCAGCUCAUACAAUUGUUCAAUUUACAAAGAAACUCCUUGAUGAAAAUAUUUCUGUUUUGUCUGGAACCGAGAUGUUGCCAGCCCUUAAAGGAGCUUUCAUUUUUGUGUGUCGUCAGAUGUAUGGUACUUGUGAAGGUCUGCAGGUGCUGAUUCCUUAUGGUUUGCAUAAAUCCAUUGCUGACGCUUGGAAGAAGGCUAGUUCACUUUCAGAAAGGAUUCCUACUCCUGUACCUGGGGCAGACUCCAUUUCAUCAGGAAAUCAAGAGUCACAAAACAUUAUGGUAUGGGAAGAGACUUUAUUAGAUGAUUUAUUAAACUUUGCUGCUACUCCAAAAGGUCUUCUUCUGCUUCAGAAUACAGGAGCCCUCAAUGAAUGUGUAACCUUUAUGUUCAGCAGAUUCUCAAAAAAACUCCAGGUGAGUGGAUGUGAAAGGUUUGGUUAUGGAGUGAUGGUUACACAAAUGGCAGCGACAUCUCCAGGUGCAGUAGCUCUGCAGCGUUCAGGGUUUAUAAAAGCACUUAUAACUGAAUUAUGGGCUGUUCUGGAGUGUGGAAGAGAUGAUCUUAGAGUAACUCACCCCAGUUCUACUCCAGUAGAUCCUAUUGACCGAAGCUGUCAGAAGUCUUUUCUAUCGCUGGUAAAUUUGCUAUCCUAUCCUGCUAUUUAUGAACUGAUAGGUGAUCAGGAGAUACCAAAUAAACCAGAAUAUUCUCUCCGUGAAGUUCCUACAAAUGUUAUUGAUGUAAUUGACAGACUUAUAAUUUUGAAUUCAGAAGCUAAAAUUCACUCCUUAUUCAAUUAUGAACAAUCACACAUCUUUGGUCUGAGGUUGUUAAGUGUGCUGUGCUGUGAUCUAGAUACACUUCUACUUUUAGAGUCUCAAUAUAAAGUAUCCCAAGUGCUUCUAAAUGCCCAGAAGGAGAACAUCAUAGAAUCUUCUGAAGGACCUGGAAAUUUUAUAAUUGAUGGGAUAUCGGUAGAGACAAACCAUAUUCUUGUUAGGAUAAAUUUUAUGGGAGGACCAGUGGAACGGAUUUUGCCUCAAAGAGUACUAAAUAAGGGCACUGAUCCAUAUCCCUGGCCAAUGUUUUCAUCAUACCCCUUGCCAAGGUGCUAUUUUUCAGAAGCUCCUAAGAAAGCUGAUUUUAGACAAGAUAGUGAUCUCAACAAGCUGUUGGCAUCCUUAAAAAAUCCAGAAAAACAGCCAGUGUGGAUUGAAAACUGUAGAAGACAGUUUUGCAAAAUCAUGAAAGCCAAACCUGAUGUCAUCAGUGGAACCAUUUUGGCAGAAUUAAUUGAAAAGUUUGUGUUGCAUCUUUCUGAAAACCCAUCAGAAUGUUACUUCAGCACUGAAGAAUAUGAAGCUGAUGAUGCAAAUGUGAAGAAUGAAAGCCUUUCAUCUGUGCAGCAGCUUGGCAUUAAAAUGACAGUCAGGUAUGGUAAAUAUUUAAAUUUGCUGAAAGAUGGUGCUGAAAAUGAUCUGUGCCUGGUGUUAAUGCACUGUGACAAAUUUCUGAAACAACAGCAAACAUCUGUACAGUCCUCACUUCGUUGUCUGCAGGAAGGUUAUGCUGGCUAUGACUGGUUUGCAUCGUCUGUAUUUCUGAUAAUGUCAGGAGAGAGAGAGAAAACAUUAACAUUUCUUCAGCAAUUUUCCAGUCUUCUCAUCUCAGCAUUUCUCUGGCUGCGAAGACUGCAUGUUUCUGUACACCUACCUAUUGACACAGCAGAAUCUGGCAUCCACCCCAUCUAUUUUUGCAGUGCUCACUACAUUGAGAUGUUGCUGAAGGCUGAGUUGCCACUUGUCUUUUCAGCUUUCCACAUGUCUGGUUUCACUCCAUCACAGAUUUGUCAGCAGUGGCUAGCUCAGUGUUUCUGGAAUUACUUGGACUGGAGUGAGAUCUGUCACUACAUUGCUACAUGUAUUUUCCUUGGUCCUGAUUAUCAGAUCUAUAUGAGUAUAUCUGUGUUCAAACAUCUUCAGCAAGAUAUUCUGCAGCACACACAGACCCAAGAUCUACAGGUUUUUCUCAAAGAAGAAGCACUCCAUAGAUUUCGAGUGAGUGAUUAUUUAGAAUACAUGGAAAGCUUGGAGGCAACCUACAGGCCAGUGUUGCUGAGAGACAUGAGGAACAUUAGAAUGCAGAGCACAUAGAUCAAGCAAACAAGCAUUUCAUCUUCAAGCUUUAGUUAAGUUCUGAAAGGGAAUGCCGAUUGUUUUAUAUCAGUCUUCAUAAAAAUUCAUGCUGUGGAAAUACACAUAUGUUAAAAUCCAUAAUAAAGUUUUCAGAAUAUAGGUUUUUCAAGGGGACAUCAUCUGAAUUGGAUCAACUGAAAAAUAAUUAAUUUUUCCAGCCAUACUGUAUGUAUUGCCUUAUUUUUAUUUGGUAGAUUGCUUGAGAAUCUGCCCUUAGCUGACGUCAGGGUCUUGUUUGUAUUCUCUGGAAACUGUUCCCAAACUAAUACAUUUUGGUCAUCUCCUACCUACACCAUCACACCUAAAACUUUAAAAUUCUGCACAGGUCUGGCAAUAAGAAGCAGUACUGAGAAUAAUCACUUGGGUAUCCUGUAUUUAUGUGAAUGGGGAUGAGCAAAAGCAAAGCAGCUUUCCUGGAUGCAGCUGAUCUGACCUUGUGGUUUGGCUGAGGAAGAAUAGUUAAAUCCAAGUGGAACAAAGGACUGAUACUGCCCUCAGCCAUAAUGGUUUUAAAAAUAUUUCUAUACCAUAAAUAUAUAUUUGUAAUCUUAUAUGCUAAUUUUAUAUUCUCAGAAUGGAUAAAUGGGAAGGCAGAUUACUAAAAUAUGCAUUAUUCAGUACAGUCAUUUUAUUGAUUGGCUUGACUUGUACAUAUUACCCUUAUAUAAAACCUUGCACUAAUAAAAGCAAGGUAAUUCUGAGGUAAAUAAAUGAACAGUGUGGAUUACUCUUCUGUCCGAUCUGGAGUCAACUUCAGAAAACAUGUCAAAGAUGAGUGUGACAUCAAUUCUGGAAAUUAGUGAUUCAUUUGUGUUUUUAUACAAUGAUUGAUUUCAACAUUCUGAAAUGUGUGUUUUGGUGUGUAUAAGCCUGGGUUUCUGAAACAGAAGUCAAAAUAAUUUUGUUAUGUAUCACUAAUACAAAAAAUGGCAAUUAAUCUAAAAUACUUUUUGCAAAACAAAUGUUCAUUAAGGUUCAUUUACUUGUUUUAUCUUUUCUGUUCAUUGUGACUUCAGACAGUUGAAAUACUGACUUGAAAAUUGGAGUAUAUAAAAAUAAUUCCAUUACAAUGUAACCUAUAGUUCUGUUAUUACAAUAGCAUGGCAAGUCUAUAAAAAAAAAUUCAGUGAGUUAGCUUGACAUACUGGACUUUUUGCCCCAACUGAUAUGAAUUUAACAAAGGAGUCCUAAAAAUGGUACUAAAAGCACAAGAACUACUUUAAAAUUACAUUUUCCAAACUUGUUUCCCAAUGUAUAAUAUAAGUUUAUGGUUCCCUUUCUUUCCAUUAUACUGGUGAGUUAUUGUAUUUGGUGUAGAGAAUCUUGCAGUGCUUUGUUACUGUUUUUAAAAAGCUGCAUCACAAUAACAAGAAAAACUGAAUAGAAAAAAGGGGCUAUAAAUUAAUUUUGAAACGCUCUCUCCCUCUCUUGACUGGGAUCUGAGGAAAGAUGAAGCAGGUAACAAUUACACUGCAGAAAUCUGAAUUCAUCUUAUGCUGAGAGGCCAAAUUUUAUGUCACCAGGGAAAGUCUUGUGACUAAAUAUACAACAGUUUGAUUAGUUGACAACAGUUGUUAAGUGUGCCAACUACUGAGAGUCUUUUUCACCUUAAUUUUGUACCGUACACAUCCUCUGAUUUUAACAACUGAGUCAAGACCAAAAAUGAAUGUCCAACAGUUUCUUGGAUUUCUAAGACUUAAGUACCAUGUAGUUAUGAACGAAGGCUUGUGCUUUCCUGGAAUAGCAAAGGAAUUGGAUUUUCAGUGCUUACCUGCUGGUAAGAUCCCAAAGGCUCUCACAGCUGGGAUGCUGCCCCAGGUAUCAAAGGGAGGAGACAAAGCAGAGCACUGUUCAGCUACUCCAUUGAAUUUGAGAUAUACAGAUUUGUGCUCUGUGCAGACUCACUAGCAACAGCCAUUGCUCUCCACCCUUCCUGUAACUAUGUGGGUUACUCAUAUGUCCAUAGUGAACAUGAGGUUAUAGAGUCUCCUUUGGCUGGUUCUCCAUUGCCUUCCCCAUUAACAUAUUAGAAAGAUGGUAUUUUGGCUACAUCUUGCCCUAGCAUGCUGGGAGAAGAUUGAGUGCUAAAUGUUCAUUUUUGCUAGUGUGUUUAUAGGUGAUGUACUCUGGUCAAUAUUUGCUCACUUUCAUUCCACAGUGAUAUCUAAGAGAAGAGUUUGCACCUGUACUUAGAACAGGAAAUGACUGUGGGGCAAGCUAGCAAAUGCUGACUUGUCAAAGGCUAAGUGGGUAUGCAUGGAUGUGCUUGCAUAUGCAGAAGAUGAACUCUAAUUGGAACUUUAUUCAUGUACAUCAGUAGGAGGAGGUCAUUAUUUUAUCUCAUUUAAAUUCAGAAAUGUAACUUGAAUGUACCAAUUUA